AUGGAUAGAAACGCCAGUUGGAAUAAUGCAAUUACCAAAUAGAAGAUGGAAAGAAAGAGAGAACCGAAAAUUCUAGAAGGCAGCGGUUUUGGGGCCCAUGGUAUUAAUCCUACUCUAUGUAUAACUGAGAUUGGGGGCUGUUGGGUGGUGUGAUUGUGGUCUUGGAUCUGCAACUGUAAAAGGGGUGCUUUCUUAGAUUAGGGUUUGGUUUGGAUUGUUGAAUUAGGUGGGGGAAAAAACCCAAAUGGCAUCCAAACGCAUAUCGAAGGAGCUCAAGGAUUUGCAGAAGGACCCUCCUACCUCCUGCAGUGCUGGUCCAGUAGCUGAAGACAUGUUCCAUUGGCAAGCAACCAUUAUGGGUCCAACUGAUAGCCCAUAUGCAGGAGGGGUUUUCCUUGUUUCUAUUCAUUUUCCUCCAGAUUAUCCUUUUAAGCCCCCUAAGGUUGCUUUUAGGACUAAGGUCUUCCAUCCUAACAUUAAUAGCAAUGGAAGUAUCUGUCUGGAUAUUCUUAAAGAACAAUGGAGCCCUGCUCUUACCAUUUCCAAGGUUCUAUUGUCAAUAUGUUCUCUGUUGACGGAUCCAAAUCCUGAUGACCCACUUGUCCCUGAAAUUGCUCAUAUGUACAAGACUGACCGGACCAAGUAUGAGGCUACUGCUCGCAGCUGGACACAGAAGUAUGCCAUGGGAUGAUGGGAAGAACCUCCAGCUUAUAUGUUGUAGCUCCUGGGUUUUCUGUCGAUUUAGGUAAAAUGAAUAGACGGAUUAAUAGCUGCCUUUGCUUUCAGGAGUGGCAAAUAGUUAUGACUCGUUUUGUGAAUUUGAAUAUGAAGACAUUAGAACGGGUGGCAACUGUAAUGAUACUAGCUCGUUUUUGUUAUAUUUAAUCUGUAUUUCAUGUUUCACAUGGAGAAUUGUGCACCUUGGUGAAUAUUUUGAAUCAUCUGUUUUUUCUGAAUGUUGUGAUUAUUGAAAUGGAUGACUCUGCUUCAUGGCCUA